AUGCAGGCGAAGGCCGUUGCCGGCCUUUGCGCCUUCUUGGCAGCGCCCGCCCAUGGAGUGCUACUCACGCGGCGGCCGGAGCUCAGCGAUGUGGCGCCUUUGAGCCCUUUGGGCGCCAAGAGUGAUGGCUUUCUGCAGCCCCACGUGGAGCUGAUCAAUAAGACCAGUGUCCAGGUGGAGGCAUUGGAUGAGUGCAUGUGCGUCUUCGGCACCUUCUGGCACCAGGAGAUGCAGAAGUGCGUGCCGCAGCGUGCGCGGGGCGGGAACUGCGGCGCCUUUGCUGCGGAGAUGUGGCCCGCCGUGUGCCAGGAUGGCCUUGCGUGCAAGAUCCCGGUAGAGUUCGACAGCGAUGGUCAGUCCGAUGACCCGGCAGUGCUGAAGCAGGCGGUGUGCGUGGACUGCGACCCCAACGACCACUGCCAGUGGGGUGCGGUGCUCGGCUCUUCGUGCGUUUGA